AUGCUGAAGCUUUCCGUACCCUCAUCUCCUCUCUCUCCCUCACCCACAAAGAUCCCCGAAAACGUGCUGAUUCGCGAGAUCAUCGUGACGUUCCAAGGCGUGGACUCGACCUUCUUCCAAUACGAGUUUCUUCUUCUUCUCCCUUCCUCACUCAUCGCAGCGAGCAGUCCCAGCUCUACCUCUUCACCAGCGAUCUCUCGCUCCCGCUCCACAUCCACAACUCCACGCUUCGUCUCCUCCAAAUCAGCUCGCUCUACCGCCGCAUCCGCCAGUUUCCUUCGCUCUCCGCCCUCCCUCUUUAGAUUGAUGGAGGGAACCAAGUCCGAAGAGCACGGAAUCAUCCGCAACAGCGUCAACGACAACGUCAACAAGCAGCUCUACCAGUUCUACCGCUUCGUGAUCUCCCUCGAAGAGACCAACAACGCUGCCAUCGCUGGCGGAGCGUCGUUUACGUUUCAGCAAUUCAUGUUCCAGUGCGAAAAACCGCUUCAGCGACUCACGUAUCUCUACAAUAUUCUUUUCUGCGGGAUUAAUCUUCGAGGCGGAGCCUUGGCCUCUUCGAUCGCUACUUUCAUCAAUCAUGGGAACCAGGAUUAUCGUGAUUUGGCUUUAGCGCUGUUAAUCGACGUGAACCGAUUCACUUUAAAACAAUCCUGGGAAUGGGCGGUCAAUGGGCGCUUGCUCGAUAUUCACGCGGAGUUCUUCGUCGAAAUCGUCACUCCUGCAGCAAACUCCUUCGAAUCCGAAGAGACCUUCAAUCGAUGGACCGAGAUGUUCAUCUCGAUUCUGCGUGUCAUCUCUAGCUAUUUCUAUCGCCAACGCAUGAUUCCCAGCUUCUUCCCCGCGUCGUUGGUCCGACAGAUUUUCGAUUGUGGGAAGUCCAUCCACUUCAUCCGCGAUUCCCUCCAAGAUCACAAGUGGUGCGUGCGCGGAACCGAAUUAUCCGUGUUGGACCGCUGUUCUCUCAGCGAUUACACGCCAUUCGAAACGACAUUGCAAUCUGUGUACGACCAGGCGCAAUCGCACAUCCUCCACGUCUACUUCGACGAGUACCACCUUUUCGCGAUGCUGCGUCUGCUCCACCAGUUUUACCUGCUUGCCGCGGGGGAUUUCUAUCUGGAGUUCAUUUCCCGCGUGGAUUCCGGGUUUUUAACGGCGCCGACGGAGGUGUCGAACGGGUGGCUGCAGGAGGAAUUCAAUAACUGCGUGCACCGGACCUCGCUGGCGAGCCAGUUCGAGUUUCUGUCGCAGCAUGUGCGAUUGAACCGGCUGCGCGCGCUCUCGCCGUUCGACAUCUGGAAGAGUCCGUUUUUCACGGUGGAAUGCGAGCCGAACCUGCGCGUGAUUUUUUCGAAGGUGGAAAUGGCGAAAUACGAGCAGAUUUUCGCGUUCCUGAUGAGCUUCAAGACGCAGUCGUUCGUGGUGCAGAAGAUUUGGGUGGACCAGUGUUGUCUAUCGAAGGAGCUGGAUCGAGUGAACAUCGUAGAGGUCGAAUCGGUGCUCGAUGCGUUUAAUCUGCUGCGGAUGAAGAUCCAGUCGUUCUUAACCACGCUACAGAACUUUUACUUUUUACACAUCAUCGAUAAAUUCUAUAACCAAAUGAUUUCGAAGCUCAAAACGGUGAAACGAUUCGACACCAUCCUUGAGCUGCACAACGAAUAUUUAGACUCUCUUUGCCAUUAUUUCUUUGUCGGAAACGAAAAACACUCCAUUCGAAUCCUCAUCUUUGAAUUGCUCGAGCAAUCGAGAGUGUUUGUAGGAUUGCAGAAUAAGCUCUUCGACAGCAUUAACGAAAUGAUCGACAAAAAGAAUUUUUGA